AUGUGGAGCGGGGAGCCCCACCCGGACGAGGGCCACCCACCGCCCCUUGAAGCUGUCCCAGUCCCCUGGAAGAGUGUGGGCCCCUGCAAAAGCCACAGGGAUUCAGGCCUGGUGGAGACCCCUGCAGGGAAGGAAGCCCAAGGCGAGGAGGACCCUGCCGCCACGCGGCUGGACGUGUUGCGUCUGCGCAGCUCUUCCAUGGAGAUCCGAGAGAAGGGCUCAGAGUUCCUGAAGGAGGAGCUGCACAAAGCCCAGAAGGAGCUGAAGCUGAAGGAUGCGGAGUGCGAGCGGCUGUGCAGGGUGCGCGGGCAGCUGGAACGGGAGCUGGAGGAGCUGACGGCCAGCCUGUUCGAGGAAGCCCACAAGAUGGUCCGAGAAGCCAACAUGAAGCAGGCGGCGUCAGAAAAGCAGCUGAAGGAGACGCGGGGCAAGAUCGACAUGCUGCAAGCAGAGGUGACAGCCUUGAAGACACUGGUCAUCACGUCCACACCAGCCUCUCCUAACCGCGAGCUCCACCCACAGCUGCUCAGCCCCACCAAGGCCGGACCCCGCAAGGGCCACUUGCGUCAUAAUAGCACCAGCAGCGCCCUCUGCCCCGCUGUGUGCACCGCGGUAGGACACGCCCCCACCCCGGACAAGGAGGGCAAAGAGGUGGACACGACCCUGUUUGCAGAGUUCCAGGCCUGGAGGGAAUCGCCCACCCUGGACAAGACCUCCCCUUUCCUGGAAAGGGUGUACCGGGAGGACGUGGGCCCCUGCCUGGACUUCACCAUGCAGGAGCUCUCAGCCCUGGUACGGGCCGCCGUGGAGGACAACACGCUCACCAUCGAGCCCGUGGCUUCGCAAACACUGCCCGCGGUGAAGGUGGCCGCUGUCGAGUGUGGCCGCACCAAUACAUGUGCCCUGAGUGGCCUGGCCUGCGCCUGUCGUCACCGUAUCCGGCUUGGGGACUCCGAGAGCCACUAUUACAUCUCACCGUCCUCCCGGGCCAGAAUCACGGCCGUGUGCAACUUUUUCACCUACAUCCGCUACAUCCAGCAAGGCCUGGUGCGGCAGGACGCGGAGCCCAUGUUCUGGGAGAUCACAAGGCUGAGGAAGGAGAUGUCGCUGGCCAAGCUUGGCUUCUUCCCCCAGGAGGCCUAG